GUUUUGUCAUUCUUCUUUUGGAUUUUGGUUAUAUGAGAAACGAUACGCCGUGCUCCAACUGCAGAAUUCGUCGUCGGAAAUGCGUUUAUCGACCCGAUUCGACAAUUUGUGAACGCUGUGCGAAAAUCCACCUCGAGUGCAUUCCCAUCGAUGACCCUGACUUGAACGAUGACGACGUCGAGAAUGAGUAUAAUUAUGCUCGUUUGCAAUACUGGCAAAAUCAGAUUUUACAGCUUGAAACCGAAAUGGAGAAACUGAGCGAAGCGAUCCGGCAGUCGACGAUAGCACAACAGCAGGCACUACCACUACCGUCCAGUAAUCUCAAUACACCUCCAGACUUUAGUCGGUCAACAACGCCUAGCGAGUACAGCGAAUCCGUUUGCUCGGCUAGCUCAGAGACUAGUACUUCAGUUACGACCAUGUCAAUAAACGAUCUACAGCAGCAGCAAACACAUUGGGAGCUGAGCGUAGUUGAUGGCCGAUUGCGACUGGAAAGCAGCAUCAAAAACCUACAAGAGUUGUACAUAUACAGCCAGGCAUCUCUACGUUAUCUAUCACCAUUUGCUGGUUUAUUUGAAAAAGAGCGUGUCUACUUUGAACCAACUUCGGCCAGUAUAGCGCUUGCCCCAUUCCGCUUCAUAUCACGGUCCGUUGCCGGAAAACCACGCAAACGACUCGCCAUUACGCACGAGCCACUCAGCUGCAACUAUCGGGCAAUUAUCGAUACGCUUGUGAUGGAAUAUAUAAAGCACAGCAACCCCAGCGUGGGCUUGAUCCAUGUUCCCACGUUUCUGGCACAUUAUCGAUCUUUGCAAGACCCAAUGAAAUGUUCGCUCACUUUGGCUAUCUGCGUGGAUGCAAUAGUCAGUCCCCGGAUUCAUACCAACAUGUCACCAGCAGAACGACGAAAUCUUGCCGAGAUCUUUUUCUUGAAAUGCAAAGAUAUGGUGUACGAUAUGCCCGAUGAUCCAACCAAGAAAUUGCAGAUUUCCAUGACGAUUACUUUUUUGCAACAGUACUUGGCUGAUGGAUUGAUCCAGUACGAUGAAUCACGGAGGUUGGCAACGAUUGGUUAUUUGAUUUGCAAGGAUAUCGAACCUCUUUACAGUGACCGUUCUAGCACGCCGCUGGUUGCGAGGAUUAUGUUUCAGCGACACUAUAUAUAUCACCAAGCAUUUAUUCGACUGUGUGAUAUGGUGUUGGAUGACAAGACUGAUUAUCGAUUUACGCCCAUCGAGCUCGAGACGGCGCCUGAUGAACCGUUAAUCACACGAAAAUAUAUAUCUGUGUAUAAUCAUUUUCUACGAUUUGCGUCGUCGUCAUUUUCAGCUAUGGUCAUGCAACAAAUAAAUUGCAAUGUACAUGGCGUUCCUGGAGAAUUGAGCCUUGACUUGAUAUUGCAAUUUGAACCUGUUGCACGGCAAUGGUGGGCCGAUUUACCAGACGAGCUUCGACCGUUUGAAGACCCAUAUUCCCCGGAAGCGCUGGGUAACAUAGAGAACAUACAAGAACCAACACAAACGCUGGUCCUUGCAUUUAUCCACACGCUCACAACGAUCUUCCAUUCAUGCUUGCUACAUCCACGCCAUCUAAGCAAUGAUUCAGGGAUCACCAAAGACGUACUGGAAGCUAUACAGCAACGCGCCUUCACAACCUCCGUACGAUCAUCCGAAAUCAUGAUUUUUGCACUUCGACGUAAUUUGGAACUGGUGACAGACUCACUUCCACUACCCUUUGAUUUCUUGAUGCAACUCCUCCAUGCGCUAUGCAACGUCACAGCUACUAGUGAAGUUCAGUUUCCACCAAAAGUGCAAGCAGCGUUUCACAAGUGCUUUGCCAUCAUCGACUCAUUUCUUCCAUCUGGCCAUCAUGUUCCCACAUCCUUAUCGCUUCUGGAAGUGUUUAUGAGGACGAAGAAACGAUCUCCAUUGAAUAUGUAUGAGGAAUAUCCUUUGCCUGGGUAUGCACUUGUGGCCGAUAUCUUUGAUACCUCUCUUGAACGGUUAAGGAAUCAUUUCCGUAGGACACCGUAAAAGAUUAAUGACAGAAAAGUUCUUGUUCUGUUUUGUACAUCAUGUAUAUAUAUUUUUUUCCAUCUAAUACCUCUACCACCGUUUUUCUUUCCACCCACGCCUUUUGAUAUUCAAGCUCGUCAAUCAUCACUUUUAAUUUUGUACUUAUUGGUUUUUUAUAUAUGUUGUUGUAAUUUUAUCUAUCCAGUUAUAAAAAAAAAGAGCCGUCUCGCUAUACAGACUUAAUUCGUGCGUCACCUGAUGCUCAUUUAGUAGAUAUUACUCACCAUGUACAUAGUGGGUAUAAUAUGAUUCAAUGUCGUGG